GUAAUCUUUCUCCAAUCAACAAUGAGCGUUUCCAAGAAGCUUUUCUCUACCGCCGUGCGAGGAAAGUCGUGGUGGUCGCAUGUUGAGAUGGGACCACCAGAUGCGAUUCUUGGAGUCACCGAGGCCUUCAAAGCCGAUUCAAACCCAAAGAAGAUCAACCUUGGAGUCGGAGCUUACCGUGACGAUCAAGGAAAGCCAUUUGUUCUCCCAUCGGUCAAGGAAGCUGAACGUCAAGUGAUCGCUGCCAAUCUUGAUAAGGAGUACGCCGGAAUUGUUGGACUUCCCGAGUUCACCAAGCUCUCUGCUCAACUCGCUCUUGGAGAGAACUCUGAUGUGAUCAAGAACAAGAGAAUCUUCACCACUCAGAGCAUUUCUGGAACUGGAGCCCUUAGAAUCGGAUCUGAGUUCCUUUCUAAGUACGCCAAGACCAAGGUUAUCUACCAGCCAACACCAACUUGGGGAAACCAUGUUCCAAUCUUCAAAUUUGCCGGAGUCGAUGUCAAGCAAUACCGCUAUUAUGACAAGUCCACCUGUGGUUUUGAUGAAACUGGAGCACUCGCUGACAUUGCUCAAAUCCCGGAAGGAUCCACAAUCUUGCUUCACGCUUGUGCUCACAACCCAACUGGAGUUGAUCCAUCCCGUGACCAGUGGAAGAAGAUCUCCGACAUUGUGAAGAAACGCAACUUGUUUGUCUUCUUCGAUAUGGCUUACCAAGGUUUCGCUUCCGGAGAUGUUGACAAUGACGCGUUCGCUGUUCGUUACUUUGUCGAGCAAGGACACAACAUUGUUCUCUCUCAAUCCUUUGCCAAGAACAUGGGACUUUAUGGUGAACGAGUCGGUGCUUUCUCCGUUGUUACCUCGGACGCUGAUGAGGCUGCUCGUGUUGCUUCUCAAGUCAAGAUCCUUAUUCGCCCACUCUACUCCAACCCACCAGUCCAUGGAGCUCGCAUUGCUUCCCGCAUCCUCGCGGAUCCAGCUCUCAACAAGCAAUGGCUCGGAGAUGUCAAGCUCAUGGCUGAUCGUAUCAUCACCAUGAGAACUACGCUCAAGGAUUUGCUCGCCAAGGAGGGAUCUACUCGUAAUUGGGAGCACAUUACCAACCAAAUUGGAAUGUUCUGCUUUACUGGAAUCAACCCACAACAAGUUGAGAAGCUUAUCAAGGAACACUCUGUCUACCUCACCAAGGACGGACGUAUCUCGGUGGCGGGAAUUUCAUCGAACAAUGUCGCUUACCUUGCCCACGCUCUCCACCAAGUCACCAAGUAAAUCAGUGACAAAUGCACUCUUCCCAUUUUAACUUAUUCUAUCUGUCAUAAUAGAAUAAUUUUCUCGUUUUCGGUUUUCUUAUUCUCCGGUUGUAGAAUGGCAGUAUGCUUUAUCUCAUUUUUAUUUGUAGCCUGUUUUUUUUCUGAGAAUGGGAACUUUUAAUAAAUUGGGUUUCGACCUUAAUCUUUACUGG